AAUCAUCUGGCCCCAAUCAGCGCAAAUGCACAACGAAGAGCUGUAACGCCCGUCUCCCCAUCCAGGACUGUCUCCCUCGAACCAAAGCACAACGGUACCUCCGAGGAAGAAGAUCCCCUUCAAACCCUCCCGGACGACGACGAUUACAGCGAUUGGGACGUCGACGUCGAUAACGAAGGCAAAAACAUAGAUAUGGACGACCGACGCCCCCCUCUCCACCGGCCGAUGGAUGGGCGCUCUCAUCAACCUCUCCUACGCAAGGACUCUGAUCUCGAAGCACGCGGGCGUAGUAGAGGAAGUGGUUAUAAUUCUCCCGAACCUCCAGAACGGCCGCCCACAUUCUCGAGGCGAUCUACCAUGCGUAGCAGGAGUCCGGACACACAGGCGAAGCUGGCAACGAAAAAAAAGUAUACAUAUGCUGCCUUUUUUCUAGGUCUGAGCUUGGUCAGUUUCGUUGUUCAGACCGAGACGGCGGUUUAUAUCCAGCAUGAGAUGGGGUGGAAUAAGGCGUAUUGUAUGCUAUACCUAACACAUGGCUCUUGGUCCUUACUAUGGCCUUUCCAACUCCUCUGUCUCCGCCUCCAAAAAUGGAACAUGCCCUGGCAUACCUUCUGGCGCCGACACGUAUACCUCGUUCGAACUACAGCCCAAAUGGUGGAGUUACAAGACCUCUCUAUCCCCCGCGGCCAACACUCUCCAGUCCCAUACAUGCUGCGCAAAACUGCGCUGGUUACUUGCGCCCUAACAGUUGCAGGAGGUUCUUGGUACGUAGCUGUCAAUAUGACCUCGCCAUCAGAUCUCACAGCCAUCUACAAUUGCUCCGCAUUCUUCGCCUAUGCUUUCAGCGUCCCUAUGCUGAAAGAAAAACUCCGCUUCGAUAAAUCCUUCGCAGUAAUAGUGGCUAUUGCAGGCGUUUUAAUUGUAGCGUACGGAGACUCAACACCAACCAAACAUGGUGGGAAAUCUGGAGGCUCGGUAGGUGGAGGAGAGGAAAAAGAAGCUAGUAAUCGAGUACUAGGGAAUCUUAUAAUUGGUGUGGGGAGCGUGUUAUACGGGUUCUACGAAGUCCUAUAUAAGAGACUUGCAUGUCCACCGGAAGGAACAAGUCCAGGGAGAGGAAUGAUCUUUGCCAACACUUUCGGCUCCUUAAUCGGCUCGUUCACGCUCCUAGUUCUAUGGAUUCCGCUUCCCAUCCUACACUUCACAGGCCUAGAGAGAUUCGAAUUACCACAUGGGAACACAGCCUGGCUCCUCCUGAUCUCUGUCCUCUCCAAUGCGACGUUUUCGGGCAGUUUUCUCGUACUCAUCAGUCUCACUUCGCCCGUGCUCUCCAGCGUCGCUGCACUCCUCACAAUAUUCCUGGUCGCGAUCGUAGACUGGUUAUGGACCGGCGUUCCUUUAGCUCCUGCUGCGAUUGCCGGGGGGAUUUUAAUUAUAGCGGCAUUCUUACUUUUGAGUUGGAGUACGUUUCGGGAGAUGACCGAGGACAGAAGGAAAAAGCAGGUUGAUUUGAGUGAGAGUGAUGAUAGUGAUAAGGAUUCAGAUGAUUAA